AUGACCGAGGCGCAAAAAUAUGAGGGCGCCCUAUAUAAAGAGAAGCCUCAGAAGGGAAACAACAAACAGAAUAAAAGACAACCCGACAACUCCAAGACACUCACUAACACUAACGGAAAUUCCGCCAACACCAAGAAACCCCGCCAUCCGUACGUUGAAGACGCUCCCGAUGCAGAUGAUCCUCCGUCCAAACAAGUUCCUCCCCCAGCUCCCAGUCCUCCACAUACCACAGCGGCCACCGGUCCGGCCUCAAAAUCAAAAGUGGCUGCUUCCACUGACAAGGACGACGUCAACGUCUUUGACUUCCUCGUCACAGACCAGACGCCAACCGCUUCGAAAAUCUCGCUGGCGGGAUCCAAGGAACAGAUGACCAUGGUUGCCAAUGCACCGUCGGUCUUUGAGCCCAGCAAGGCGCUGGCUCAGUACGACACCGACGUAGAUGACGAAGACCGCGAAUAUGAUAUCGCCUAUGAGGAAAACGGCUUCUCUUACGGCGCUGAUCCAAUCAAGCCAUCUCCGUACGGAAAUCAAGUGUCGAAUAUCUCCAUGGAUUUCAUGACUCCGGCACCAAAGAAAAAGAAGGAGAAGAAACAUAAAAAGAAGGACAGCUCUCCCGAUCCAGAGCCGCGAACAACGAGCGACAAGAAACGCAAGCGCGGGCAUGUUGAAGAACUGAAUGUCGAGGCUGCCAACGCCCGGUAUGAGGAGGACACGCCAAUGACAGACGCCCCAUCCAGCGUCGCCAAUAAUGUAGGCACACCAUACCUGCAGCACUCUGGACUAACAGGAGGCUUGGACCGCAUGCUUCGCGAUGGAAGAUCACCUUCCUCAGACUACGAAGAUUACUCGGAUGACGAACACGAUCUCCGCCAAUAUCAGGAUCCCCACUCGCCCCUCAAGCGCACUCGCCCGAACAAUAAGAACACUAGGAAUGGCAAUGGCAAUGUCGAUGGAGAUGAUGGUGGCCUGGGAAUAUCUCUCAAAGGCCGCGCUGGCCGCAUCAUAUCCAUGUUCGGUGGAUCGAAUGUUUCUACCAGCAGCCGGGGAAGUGCUGAGCCUCCAUCGAAGACCCUAGUCCGGACACGACGCAGCCCAUCCUCCAAUGGUGACCACGCAGGUGCCCUGGUUCAAGUGCGCCGAUCCAAGAAAACUCCGAAUGUGCGACUCGUCCGCACCAGCGCAGCAGCAGCAAAUGAUGACUCGGCGCGCAAGACCAAACGCAAGAUCAGUUCCCAAAGCAACGGCAACGAUUAUCACGACGCGGCACGGCCGUCCCGUCGUUUAAAGGCCAUCGAAUACCGCGGGUCUGAUGGCGGCAGCGGCGGCGAUGACGAUAAUCGCAAGAUGGUCGUUUACCGCAACCAUGACGACGAGGGACUCACCGAGGAAGAAAUGGAGCGCGAUAAGGCCCUCUAUUUCCUGUCAUUAGUGACCAAGGGGCCCGAUAGCGAGCGUGGGUGCUCGAUUAAUAAAGCCCUCAAACGGUUCCAUCGCGAUUAUCCGGCUGCUCGCAUUGAAUCUCCUGGCGAUCAUCACCACCACGACAACGAUGAUCGCCGCGGUCGUGGUCGUAGCAGCCGGGCAGAUCGGGAUCGCCGAUUGGACGAAGAGAAGGAUUUGUGGCGGACGUUACGAUUGAAAAGAAAUGAUCGGGGCGAGAUUGUGGUUUUCAUUUGA